AUGGAGAGACACGUCCAACGGUACAGCGUCAACGUCCGGCAGGGCAACUGGGUGGAAGACGCUUGGUCGCAGUCGGUGAGUCGUUCGAAAUCCGCGUGCGUCCGCUCUAUUGCCCGAAGGCCGACGGUCGGUACGAUAAAAAUCUGAACAGUUAGGGGCGGGCCGCGGUUUUAUUCGCUUUGGGUGCGAUUCGGCAACCGCCUCGCCCGCAAAACCCGAUUCCCGGCCGUUACGGUUUACAAUACGUAAAUGAUACGUAUGCAGGCGUAAUUUAAUUAAUUGCAUUGCAGUUUUUCGCCGCUCAACUGUUUCGGUUCGUAAAACGAUACCGCCCUCGGUAGCAGUCUUAGGUACUAUACAUUUUUCGUUUUGUUUUGAACGCAGUGUGUUGGUUGACCGGCGAUUUAUGAACAAUGGCGACGUCAAAAUCGUGUGGACUGAUUUAGUAUUGAAACUAUAGGUUUUUGAAGUUUUGAUAUUGUGCGGAUAUUAUUUAUGUGUUGCGUUAAAUAACUUACUAUCGUCAAAUGCGUAUUAUGUCUGUCGUAGUCCAGUGGGGGAUGGUACGUGCCUGUUGUCAUUUCAGAGAUCGCAAGUUCAAACCCGAGUUCCGAUGAUUUUUUUUUUCUUUUUUGCAAAACCAUAUCGGAUAGGUAGCAGGGAAAAAAUGCUAUUUGUUUCAAAAAAUAAAAUCAAGUGUAACGUAGUAUUUUUUUUUUUUUUUUAUAAUUUUAUGAGAGUAUUAUCAAAUUUUGACGAAAGUCGUAAAUAUUACGAUAAAACCAUGUUUCGCUCGACUAAAACUUCGCGCCGAAUCGUUUUUCGUUGUCAUCGGUUUAUCGUUGGUUGGUUAGGCUAGGUCGCUGGCCGCACGCCUUCCAGUAUCAGAUCUUUUUUUUUCAAUAUAUAGAACUAGUUCAAGUUUUUAAAAUGUCAUUAAAAAUUCCUCAUUGAAAAUAACUAAAUUAACUUUGUUCUUCUUCGUUCACUUUAACCACUGACUGUACUAGUGUUAAGCACUCAAUUUAGAUUAUUGAGCUGGACUGAACAGAACUGAUCGAAUUCUGUUAAUCCGUAUAAUCUCGAUUACAAUGUUAUCGAUCCGGACAAUUACAUAAUUCAAUUUAUUUAACAACUAAAAAAUUAGACGAUUAAACGAAUUUUUUAACUUAUGCGUCCAAUCGAUUUUUCUAAUUCAUGUUCGGGCUGGUUCACGUCCUAAUCGUGGUCAUUCGAAGUAGUUGGCAAAAAUUAACUGCAAAAAUACCAAUAAUUGUAUUGUAUUAUUACAUUGUUUUCGGUCGACGGUGCACAAAGGAAAAAAUCGCGUUGUUUCUGAAUAAAGCAAAUCAAGGCGAGUUGGGCAAGCAGAGAACUACUAAAAUAUACGACAGCCUCUUGCGACCGGUGAGUUGGUUUAAAUUUAAAUAAUGUAUAAUAGUAAUAAAUUAAAUACCAUCUCGAGAAAUUUCGAUAUCAUCAAAUUUGCUUCCGUCAAAAGUGACGCUUUUAUUUUGCAGCGUAUAAUUUUCUCUUUUGUAUUGUUUUUUUUUUUUUUUAGUCCAGUCCUCCCCACAUAAUUUGUUUUCUAGCCUGUCUCACGCGUAUUAUAGCAACAAAUAUAUUUUGCACUUCAACGAUGCGACAUUGAAUUCCGGGUAACAGGACCUAUUAUAUAUUUUAUAAAUAAUAAUAUUUACUUUACCUUGGCCGAAUCUUUUUUUUAUUAUUAUUUUAAUUAAAACUAAUAAAUUAUUACUGGUUAAUUUUAAGGGAAAACACGAAUUUUUUAAUGUUAAAAAUGAAAAUAAAAAAAAAAUUUUCGACAAAGGCAUAUGAAAUACUUUUAUUAAUAAAAUAUUUAAUUGCGUAAUUUGCUCUUAACUCAACCAAAGAUUCACAAUACGGCGGUGGUGUAUUUACGGGGGGCUGACAACGCUAAUAGAUUAUCAGCUCCCAAGGCUUAAGAAUUCCCUAAAGUACCAUCCCAUAAAAAUUUCCUUUCAGGAAAGAUGCUACACUUGAAAAUCGGAUCAAAAUUUCUGGUAUAGAAAAUUUGUUCACAGACAAGAAAAAAAUAAAAAUAAACAUCGUUGUAAAACCUAUGCAUUCUUCGCCCCGUUCAGAGUUUAGAAACGCAUUUAAAUUCUAAUAAGCUAAAAAAUCAGUUUAUAAACAUGAAUGUAACGCGCUCUGCUGGCGUUUGUUCGUACGUAAUACUUGGUUCAUAAAAUGUUGUUAGAUGACGCUCUGCAACUAUUCGAAAUUCAUCGUACUUUGUGAUUGAUUAAAUAGGGAAUAUUUAAAGGAAUGAUAAUUCACGGAAAAGUAGAUUGUAGUUAGUUAAGUAGGAAAGUAACAUAUAACAGGAAUAAUAAUUCACGGGGAAAUAAAAAUAAGGAAAGCAUAAUACAAAAGAACCAAAAAUAUCCGGUCGUAUUUUUGUCAUUACGUAUAGUCAGGUUUUUAAACAAUUUUUUUAGAAAAACUAGAAACUAGAAAAAAUUAUUCAGAAAACUCUCACCGAGCAAAAAUUCCGCAUCUUACGAAAUCGAAGUACAAAAUCAUUAGGUAUUAUAAAAUACGAUUAUACUAUAGGUAUAUACGUCGCUUAAUAUACUUGGAAUCGAAUUAUCAAUUUUGGUUUUUUAACGUUUUACGAGCGUAUUUGCGUCAUUUGGUGACCCCUGCGAGUUAUAGUGCUAAGUGACCUAGAAGAGCGUUUUUUAUGGCUUCUCACAAUCGCCAACCUCUCGUAUUAUACCUAGUAGUAUCUCUCUAGCGAUGAAAAUAUUUCGGUUUUUACACGUUUUCGUGGUGUCCUCGUAAAUUAUAAAAAAACCGAACAAAGUCUAUCGCACUAUAUAUAGGCCACUAUAAGGUGGUAAGUUUAAACACUUUAGGAUAUAUGAUAGAAUAUAGGGUAAUUUAAUUUGUAUACUAUCUACGACGAAUCAUCAUUGCAACUGAAAAAACGAUUAUGAGCGGAAUAGUUAUUACUCGUGUUUUCCCUCAUAUUGUAUUCAAGGUAACUAAACUUAUAUGAUAUAAAAAAUAAAUUUCCGUUUUCUGAAUUGUUAAGAAGUUUACAAGGAAAAUCAAAACGUAUGAUCUCUUCAAUGCACCAAUUAGAUCUGAAAUUCUACAAAGAAAGUUGCUUUAAAGUUUUUGAUUUGAGUACUAUUUCUAGUAGAAAAGCCGAAAAAAAAAUAAUAUUCCUCGCCGCGCUCAGAAUCUAAAAAGACAUUAUAGUGUUAGUGUUAGUCGUGUUUUUGUCGAAUUAAUCGAUAUAUUUUGUUAUCAGUUUUUAAAAUGUUAUUGUAAAACAGUCGAAAAAAAAAAUGAAGUAUUCGGUAAACCCCCCCCCCCCCGCACCUUUUUUAAUGUACGACAUAAAUUUGUGAUUUUUUCGAAAAUAAAAAAUUACACACAUAUUUAAUAGGUUUUUCGCCGUACUCUGUAUGAAUAAGUGUCUGCCGACGUCUGAUAAUUCGUAGUGGUACAGAGAAUCGGCUGCCGAUGGACUCGGCGAAUUUUUUAUCUACGGAUUCGGCGGCGGGCGGUGGCGAAAAACAAUUAAAAAAAAAAAAAAAAACCGCGAUAACCGGUUAUAGGACGGGUUAAUAAACCUAAAAUGCGAAUUCUGCGGUACGCGCGGUGUUAACGUGUUUAUCAUGCGUGUACACUUGUAAAGUACAUCGGAAAGUCUCGAUUCGACGGACCGGCCUGUGAAAAACGACAAACGGCAAACAUUCGCGUUGGACGUAAGAAAGACCAGUUAAAAUGAAAAUAUAACGACCGGCGAUAACGCGUCGGCCAAACGGACACGCAUAUUUGUGUGGUUUGCAUUAUUGGCGGAGAGGGCGCCGUACCGAAAUUUCCUGAAGUACGGUCGUAAUCGUCGGCCCCGGUGUUGUGCGGAUUCGUUGAAGUCCGUUAGUGGCGGUCAAACGGUUUCGGAACCGUUCCGAACCGUUAUUAUUAUUAUUAUUGUUUUUUUUUUUUGUCUCGUUAGGCUCGUAUACUCGAAAAACCGAUUCGCCUCUGUCCGUUUUUCCGUCCGACCGGCGUCCCCAGCCCGGCCCCCUCCCCCCCGCGUCCGAACGCCUGAUUUCUCUGACGGACGAUGGAAAGGUAAGACGUUUGGCUCAGAGACCCGCGCCAAUUUUACCCUGCGCUUGACACUCGAACGGCCGUCGCCAAUUUGAAAUAAUGAUGGUUCAUUUGUAUAUUAUACGGUUUGACUAUGUGAUGCGUUUUUUUUUUAAAAAACAUUUUCCGCCCGUGAACAAUACUAUUCUAUACUAGAAAUCUUGCACGUAUACUAUUGGAUUUUUUUCAAAAGUAAAUUUUGCCUUGUUGGUUAAUUUUUCGAUUUUUCUCGUAAUUUCCUUGAUAAUUGGUCGAAACCCGGAAGGACUACGUACGCAUCAGCGGUUUCUGUUAUUUUCGCGGCAUUUCAAAACUUGUUUAACGGAACUUCGCUCGGAAUCGUUUUUCAUUAGCAAUGAUUUAUCGUUGCGUACAGAUAUAAAUUAAAUAUCGCUCUAUAUUAUCAUAAUCGUCUUAUAAUUUGUUUUUUUUUUUUUUUUUUUUUAUCGACACUCGCAGGUCGUCUUGGACACAGCCGAAGAGUUCUUGCGCUACGGCCAAGACGCGCAGAUCGUUUGUCCGGAUUUCCGGUUCCCGAUCGUUUCCGGCGGCGGUGGAGUAGUGUUGUCUUGCUCGGCCGGUAACAGCGACACUCCAGAUGGUCUGGGACCCGAUUGCACCUUGACUGCCUCGGAGUUCACCGAACCGUGCGUCCGCAACUGUUUCAAAAUUUCCGGGUAAGACGUUAAUAUUCUAAAACGUUACAGUGUACUUCUUGCCCGUUUUCACGGGUUUUGCUGCUGUUUUUACCGGACCACUUGCACCGGGCGAUUCAUUCAAGCGGGUACACCCAUUAUCUUGAAUAGCAUUAACAUUUUUCUAGAACAUUUCAAAAACAAGCUGCUCUACAAUUUCAUAUCUAUGUUAUGUUUUGUCGCCCUUAUUUUCGGGGGUAAAACCGCUACCUACUUUUGAUUUUCAAAUGACAACUCAUAUUAAAAAGUCUAUAAAUACAUGGAGUAUUAGUUCCACUUUUAAUUUAAACCCCCGGGGCGUAAUUUCACUUCUACCCCGGUCAAUUAUUGGGGAGUCAAUAAUCAUCAGCGACAUUUACCCCUCCCUUCAGAAUAUCACUGGGGUUAAUAACCACCGGCACAUCAGUUUCCCAAAGUUUGAAAAUUAUUUUCAACAUUUUAAUGACCGCUUUUAACAUUUGUCCGCUCAUAUUAUCUACGGCUCGAUACCAAUUUAAGGGGAAGAGAUACGGCUAUUAUUAUGGACGAAAAUGACUUUGCGGCUAUUACCGUUAGUUAAGGUCGAAAAAAAUGUUGAAUAUUAUUUUAUUAUUGUAUACUGGCGACGACAAACCGUCUGGUGGUGCAGCUCAUAGCCGAAUAGUUCGUUUUGCGAAAGAAGAUUCCGAAUAAAGCGCAUAAUCGUAUUAUCGCGUUGUUGGCGUGCAGAACCAGUUUUUAUUAUAUUUUUUUUCCCAUUAGCGUACGCGAUAAUCCCGUCAGGUCUAAUACGGAUAGGCACUACAGCGGCCGAAGUUACGAAUUAAUGUAGUACGAGAAAGACGGUCAAGAUAUAUUUUUUUAUAUAGGUACGCAUAGCCGGUUCGAUAUAAACGAAUGUUACGAGUUUAUCAGUUCCAUUUCAUUCUCCUACCGCCACUCACCUCGAGAUACGCUGUGAACGGGUUUUUUUUUUUUUUUUCUUGAAUGCUAAUUUUAUUCGUCCGUUGACUGGCGGCGGCCAGAUGCAAUUGAAUUCUGUACCUAUAGUACGUUGGCAAGAUCUGUCGUAUGUAAUAUUAUAUGUCGUUUAAAAUAUGCGCAUCGAUUCGAAUCGAAAUGUGAGUGUGCGUUUACAUAGAAUUUGCAGUAUAAAUUAUAAUGCUGUACCGCGAAUCGGAAGUUCUUUGAAAAUUUGAAAAGCCGUUUGCUAAGUAAAAAUAAAAAUAAAAGAGCCGCACCUAGGGGUAUGUAUUUAAGCCGAAUACCCUCCGAGUGGCUACAUUACUUACUGAGAUCGGGUGUAUUUUCUUUGGUCAUUUUCAUUUUUCAGCUUUUGAAACGGCUGAAGUCGUCGUAUAUACUAACAAAAGAAAAAAAAAAAAGCAAAUAUAAUGUCACGGGAAUUUCGAUUCCCCACAGUUUUUAGAACAUCAUCGAAGGAUCUGAAUUUUAUAAUGUCAAAUAGGUUUAUUAAACCAAGUGGUCGGCAACGGUCUUGGUCACCCCUAUAAUAGCAUCUUCUCAAAUGUCGCGAUACUUUUUCGCGGUCAUUAUAUUGACAUGAUAUUAUUUAAAACGGCUGCCAGAAAAAAAAAAAAAAUAAUACCAAUUUGGAACUGAUCAGAAAAUUUUAAAUUCUGAUCAGAUUUCAGUGAUCAUUUAGUAGGAAAGUAUUUGUUUUACUGUAAUGCGUUUUUUAAUAUUUUUUAUUUCUGUUUGUGAACAACUUUUCAACCAAAAAUCUAACACCAAUCGAUAGGUUCAAUUUCUUGUAACAAAUUUUGUCUAGUUGGUAAAUUUUCGAUUUUUUCAUACUUUUCUAAAUGAUUGAGAAAAUUGGGAAAAGACCCAUUGUAUUGUAUUUAAUAAUAGUUUAUGUUAUUCCAAUUGUUUUUUUAUUAUUAUUGUUAUUUAACUAUAUAUAUUUUAUGAAUUAAAAAUCACUUACGUAAAUAGUUGACUGUCAUAUUUUCCGUUACCGUAAGUGUUGAUCCGUGAUGGAAUAAUUUUUUUACUCCUGUAAAAAAAUACGUCCUUUCAAAUGCUAUUGGUCCCGAGAAUUGAAAAUGUCAUGUUUCGGACAACACUAUUUUAUAUACAAAACGAUAGAAGAAGGGUGUAUACGUAAUCCUUAUUAUUAUUAUUUUUUUUUGUCUCCUUGGUCCUUUCCAAAUCCAUUAUCCGGGUCGUGGAGGGUCUGGCGAAAUCGUCCGGGAACGCGGGUUUUUACGACCCGCGUGACAAAUCUUGGACGUUUCCCGAUUUUGAUAGCGUAUAUGACCCAAAACAUAAAGGCAUAACAGAGCUGAUAGACCCUAAGAAAAAAAAAAAAGGAAAGAAAAGAAAAGUCACUCUAUUUCGACAGGGGGAAUUUAAGUAACGAGUUUUCUAACUUCAUUCGCCUACACGAGGAAUAAUAAUAUGCAUUCGAAAUGACAUAAUAUCAAAUUUUAGUUCCGCUUAUGGUAUUAUCAUAUCAUUGUUUUCAGCCUAAAAUAGUCAAGACGAUUUUAAUAAAAUUAUUCGCUAGAAAUAACUUAAACCUUCUGAGCUCUUUUUAUCCUUAGCGGUGAUUUUUUAAAACAUUUUCCCUGUAGAGAUGACAUGUUUAUUCCGCAUAUUUUUUUACCGAGAAUUUUUAUUUUUGAUACAAUAAAAUAUUAUCUAUAUUGGUGUGUAAUUUAUGUGAUCACACGGUGAUCAUCACGCGGCAUCUUUCAUAGAGAAAUCCCCUAUAAAAUGUUUCGAAAAAAAAAUCCCAGCUGAAUGCUGAAAAUGGGUUUAGAAAGCAAGAUUACAUUUUAUACCCUUUAUUAUAUUGUAUAUACCAUACUUAACGUGAUUUUUUCGUUUUAGGCUCUUAAACGGUUGUGAAGACGGUCAGCCCGUUAAGUUCGGCGACACCUUUAAUAUAAUCCCGUGUGUUUCGUCAAAAGUAAGUAGAAAAAUGUAUGUAAAUUGCAUUUCCGCGCUUAAAACAUUAUAGCAAAUGAUUCAAAUUAGUCAUACUGACAUGUUUAGGAUUUCGCCAAGGAGGGAAAUAUUGAACAUGCAAAUUGUAUCGUAUUAUAUGACGUGUAACAAAAAAAAAAAAAAGAUCAAUCAUUAAUUUAUUUAUUUUUGUUAGUAAUGGAUAAUAAUUCAACUGGCCUUAAAAUUUUGAUUGAAAUUAAAUAUUACUAGUUAGAUACUAAUACUAAUCUAUCCUCUUUCAUAAUAUUAGAAUGGUUUAGAUAAGUUUCGUUUUCAACAAUAGAAAAUGUACGAAUCGCUCAACACACAGAAGAAGAUAUACUCACAGUUUAAAAAAAGAAAAUGUCAUAAGUUCUGUCAUUAAGUUAUUACUGAUGUUAUGAGUUUCUAUAAUCAGUUCAUAAAAUAUUACAAAAUUCUGGAUGCUAAGGUGUUUUUUUGUCUGUCUUGAAAAUUUUUUUAAAAUUUGGCUAUGUGUCUUCUCUGUGUAUAGCGAUUCAUGUACGUUCAAGGGUUUUUUUUCGAUAUAUUAACUAGUUAUAUAAUCAACUAUAUAUUUUUGAUUUUCUAACUAAAAAGUAAAAAAAUUUUAAUUUAAAAUUAGAUUAUCAUUUAAUUAUAAUAUUAAACAAAAUAGUUCCUCUAGUUACGUUAACUCCUUUCACCUGUUGUUCCCGCACAUAUCCGAGAUUAUCCAUCUAAGUUUUGUUUAAGAUUCCUCAUCCUAUUUGACGAAAUUUUAUACCAGUUAUCGACUUGACGCAACCUAUUUUGUUACCGUUUACGACCGUAGGAGUAUUUUUAUCCCCUCUUACAGGGAGAAUGGUAUUAUCAACUAUAAGGUGAAUUCCUCCAUCCUAUUGAAAAAAAUACCAUAUACCUACUGGAAUCACCCACCUGGGCUUUUCGUAGUACCACAUGCUCCCCUGUGGGUACCUUUUUGUUGUCCAACCCCAAAUAAUUCGGAUGAAAACGAAGUAGAAGAAUAUAUACGAAAACAAAGAUUAAGGGGUGAUGUCUCCCUAAUCUUCCUUCCCCCCUAAAUCCCAUAAAUGUGUCACUGAGUCAAAUUAUAAGACGGUAAAGACUCUUUCUCUAUACCGAUUUUUUUUGUGAACUUGGAUAUUAUGUAGAUAACUUCAUAUUUUAAAAAGUGCUCGAUGCCUACGUUUUCGAACGUUUCCCAAACUAUUUUAUUUUUAUGUAUAUACAAUUAGGUAAUGGGGGUAACUUCACUUGAUUAUUUAAAAACCGAAGUAAUAUUAUAUACUGUACAAAUAUAAAUUAUACAUUAAAUAAAAUUGAAAAUUCUCUUUUUUUUAUUCUAGUAGAUAAACAUAAUAUAUCUAUAGGUAAUAGGUAUUAAAUUGUGAUAUACUUGACAUACACGGAGAAGAUGAAACCCACCACUAAAGGCAGUGCUGGAAUAAAACCCGAUUGAAAAAUGUUCGUUGAAGGAAAAAUCGAGAAUGAGGUGAGAAGACGUAGUUACAAAUGAUGCAGAAGUUUUACAAAGAAUGUUGAACUAGACGAUUUUGAAAAUGGAUUGAGAUUAGUGAUGAAACGGGAUGAUCCUAGAUACAGUGGGGGGAGGGGGGUGUAAAAAUAGGUGUGUCAGGAUAGUACGAAAGUAUAAGGGAUGUUCGGUUUGCGAUUAAGUUGAAACGGCAGAGUUAAAUGCGACAUUCUGACCCUAUCCGCGUCCGAUAGAUGACGCUAUAAUCCCUCACUGUUUGUGAAAUCCGUCCAGACGUUCGAUUCGAACGAUUUCAUACCGCCAAACGACGACGGUCCAUGAUAGAACACCAAUAUUUCGCUCAUGAAGAUAUAAAGCCGGCCGCAUUUAAAAAUAGCGUUAUAGGCUGACAAUAAGUUUGGUAUUCCCGAUAUAGUAUUGAAAUGUCUAGAAAGGUCGACACUGCCGUACAGUGUACAUAGGCUACCCGAGAACCGACCCCAACAGUAACUUUUGUUCCCCAUCAGUUGAACAUAUUUUUCGUCUUUUACCAAAGAUUUUCGUGGGGGGAGCAUUUAAAGGAGUCUAGAAAAAAUGUAAUUUUUUGAAAGACCUGAUUCUGAUCGGGCCAAUAUUAAUGGUAUAUAAUUUUACUCAUUUUUAAAGACGGCUGGUGCCUGUAAUGUUAUAUAAUAUUACCUCUACAGUCUACACUCUACAGGCAUCAUUCAAUCUAUAUAAUAUUAUUGAAGUGUCAUGUCAAAUCUUCUAAAUUCUUCCGUGACCAUUAGUUGUACUUAAUACAAGUCUGUCACAAUUGAAAAUCUGUGAUUUUUCUCCAGAGUUCAAGUUAAUAUCCAUGUUCUUAUCUGCAUUAUAUUGUUAUAUCGUUAUACUUAUUAUUUAUUAAUUUGCUUACUCCAAUGUAUACGAUGUAGACACUUUUCUGAAAAGAAAUUUUUUUUGGAAGGUACUUUAAGGAGGUUAUUUUUCUAUUUUCCCGUCAGUUUUCAAAAUAAAAGGGAAAGAGUGAGAAAAGAUGGAAAAAAUGUACGAAAUAUAUUAGUAAAAUAUUACGAUUUUUUUUUCUGUGAACAACUUUUCUACCGGCAAUUUUGUCUCUGAUAAUGAUAGCACUUUUUCUGAAAAGAAAUCUGACUGGGAAGGUACUUUAAGAAAGUCAUUUUUCGAUUUUAACAAGAGUUGUUUCCAGAAAAUGUAAAAAACCGGGAAAAAACAUGGGAUAAUGGGAAACAUGGUAUAUAAUGCUCAUUUAAUUAUUUUACAAUAACAUGACUUAAUAUGCAUUGUUGAUAAAGUAUCACUAUCGACUGAACUCUGCUCAGAAUCGUUUUUAGUAAGCAAUAGUUUAUCGUUGCUUACAGAUAAAAAUUAAUUUCCUCUCUAUAUCUUACCUUCCCAACUUUUCACCAAUAACAGUGGUUGCACAUCGUGCGAAGUAUAUUUUCUUUUGUUACCAAGGUAAUCCAGAAAUAAUAAAAAAAAAAGAAUACAUAACAAAUUUCGACUUUUUUCUAUUUAUUAAAAAAACUACAAGAAAAUUAAAAAUAAUCUUUGUGCAGUAACUAUAGUUCUGAAAUGCUACAAGAAAGUUCACUAUAAAGUAUUUGCUUGGAGCAAGAUUAGGUACUGGUAAAAAUGAAAUGGCGUUAAUCUAAAGAUUAAAAUGUCCAAAUGGGUAAUGACUAAACAUAUAUUACUAUGAUAGUAUACGUCUGAAUACCUCGGCGACGAUGACACGGUAAACGCUUGAUUAUUGUCGUUGAAACACGCUCGUAUUAUAUUAUCAUUUACUCGGAUAGCGUUUUGUUGAACUGGGUUUUUAGAAUAAAAAAGUAAAAAGUAUAGGCACUCCGGUGAUUAAAAAAAAAAAAAAAUAAAAUAUAAAGAAAUACUCGUAUUCCAGAUGCGAAUAACACAACGGAGACGAUUCAACUGCCGUGUUUAUUAUUUGCGUAAAACAAUAAACGAGUAAAGUAUUAUAUUGUAGCACGUUCAUUGAUUUUGGUAUAAUAAUAUGACGUAUUAUUUAUUAUUAUUUACUGUUAACAUUUUACAGGGGACAAUAGCCCAUUAAAUACAAUAAACAAUGACAACAUCAAGAACAACAAAAAAAAAAAGAGCCGAUACUGGGGACGGGUGCAGUCACUGUUUUAGGUGGGAAGUUGAGGAGGUAGGAUACAUAAGGUUAUUUAAUUUAUAUCUGUAAGCAACGAUAAGCCAUUGUUGACGAAAGACGAAUCGGAGCGCAGUUCGGUAAUACAUAAUUUGAAGUUCCGUAAUUUGUUUGCGAUUUUCGUUUAAAUUUGAUUUCAAAACGCUUAUUAAAAUAAAAAAAAAGUCGUACAAUGAUUUUGGAAAUUUUAUCACGUUUAAGUAAGUCUGUACAAUAUAAGUAUUAUUACUAAGCUUCAAGUUUCUGCGUGUGUUUAUAACCAAAUUACAGCAAACAAACUUCCAAAAAUUAUAAUUUCUUAAAAGCUCAUAAGUGGCUCAAAAGUUUUAACAAUGAUACCGUAAGAAAAUUAAUAAAAAAUAAAAAAGGUAUCUUGUGAUUUUUGAAAACGUCAUUUGUGUUUUUAUAAAAUAAUGAAAUCGUGAAAUUGUACGUUUUCCUACGCUUUUUCUUACUGAAGUGCUUUUAUUUAAAAAUUGGCAUGAAAAUCUAAAAAUGACCUCUUUAAGUACAGUUUAGACAACCUGAGCUUUCAGAAAAAAAAAUGCUACACUUAUAUAUCGGAGCAAGUUUACUAUGAAAAAUCUUGUCCACAGACUAGAACAAAAAAAAAAAAAAAUAUAAACAGCAUUGUAAAACCAAUAGCUCUCUCGCUAUGUUCGGAAUCUAAAAGAGAAUAAAAAAGGGAAAAAAAAAUUGUUUUAAUAUUAUAGAUUGAUAAAAGGUACAUUAACAAGGUAAUGUGACAUAAAAAUAUAAAAGUAAGUUUUAGUUUGAAAAUAUAAUUAAAGCUUUUGACCUAUAGCAUUCCCGGGACAUGAAAAAGAAAUCAAUAUUAGUACAAAUUAGAUUCCAAAGUAAAAGUGCUUUCGGGAAAUGAAAUCAGUGUAAAUUUUUUUUUAAAAAGGGCACAAAAAAUAAACUUGAACUUCUAGUCGAGUACUUGUGUGUAUAGAUACUGAUCUUACAUAAUAAAUCAGGGUUAUCAAUAUUAUUAUUGAGAAGAUCAUAGACGAAUAAGACGUCAGCUAGGUUACGUCUAACCACACAUGGGUGAAUAUAAAUAUAAUCCGCUACUAAUGACAUUGAAUCUCUGGAAAUAGGUAAAUUUAAACGGAAGGCAAUUGACUUUAGGAAUUUAUAUUGAACAUUGUCAAUAAGUUUAUCAGUGGAAUUUCGAUCCCAUAUCAAUGAAUUAAAGUUAGACCUAACAAGGCAGUAAUAGAGCGUUUUUAGUGCAUGGACAUUUUUACUUUUUUUAGUGUUUCUUAAUAGGCAACCUAGCAUUUGGAAUGCCUUAUUUACAAUUAAAUUAUAAUUAAAAGAGAAAGAUAUAUUAAAAGAAAAGAGAAUACCCAAAUCUUUGACUGAAUUCACUCGAUUAAUGAUAAUAUUAUUAAUUUUUGUAAUUAAAAACCAAGGGAUAAUUUUUUUUUAGUGAAAGAAACAGCAUUGCAUUUAUUAAUAUUUACUAGUAAUAAAGUUUCGUUACAACCUAACUAAAUUUUCUUGGAGAUUAAUUGCAUCAUCCUGAUUUUUAAUAAUUGAAUAUAAUUUAGUGUCAUCGGCAAACAUUAACACAUUACCCGAGGAAUUAAAAAUUGACGGUAGAUCGUUUGCGUAAUGAUGAUACAAUAAAGGCCCUAAGUGCGAACCCUGAGGUACACCAGAGCUUACAGAAAUAACAUUUGAAAUUGAAUUUGACAAUUUAACUGACUGGCUUUAAUCAGUAAGGUAGUAUGGUAUUAAACCAUUUAAGAAAGUUACCGUGGUGUCCAGAUUUUUUGUAGCUUGAUUAAAAUCAAGUCAUGAUUUACUCUGUUAAAAGCUUUAUUGAAAUCUGUAUAUAUUGUAUCAAUUUGAAGGUUGUUUUCAAUGGAGGAAAUUAAAUUAGGCCGAAACCCAUGUUUGUUAGGAGUAAUAUAAUUAGACAAUUAUAUGGAUAGUUUUUUAGUAAUAAUAGACUCAAAUAGUUUUGGGAUAAUAGAUAAUUUAGAAAUUGGUCUAUAGUUAUUAACAUUACUUUUAUCGCCAAUUUUAUAAAUAGGAACUAUGUACGAUUUUUUCCAAUAUAUUGGAAGGGAGCCCGUUGACAAAGACAAAUUAAACAAUUUAAGCAGAAGUUUGGUAAUGAUUGAGAGAUCAUAGGCGGAACACCAUCAGGACACACACUGCUAUAAACGUAUUAUGUAUGUAUAUAGAAAAAAAAAAUAAAAAAAUAAACAAGGACGAUUUCUAAGGAGAUAUCGACCGUUUUAAUAUAUUGACAUUAAAAAAAAAAAUCUCUCGACAGUGGUACCGUUGUAAAAUAUAGUAUAUAUAUUUGCUUAUGAUUUCCCGUUAUUCGACUAACGUGUUACCGAUUGUUUGCUUGUCAGUGGUAAAAUGUGAAUUAUAAUUGCGAACGGUUUCAUUGUUUUAUUAGUUGUUGAAAAAAUUAAAAAUAAUUUUUCAACAUAUUAUUUCCAAUCCCCCGAAUCCCCCUACCAUUGUAAAUCCAUCAUUGGUUGGUUUUGGUUCGGACGUGUGACGAGGAAAGGGACGAUUCAGAUACUGUAAGAGUGGUUUCUCGAAUGAAAUUAACGCAGAAGAAAAAGGAGGAGAAACUGAAAAGGAGUUGUUUAGAUACGAACGUUGAGAGAAAUAAUAACGACUAUGUGUAUUUGGUAUAUAUUUAGGACCCCCACACAGACGCGGGGAAGGGGUAGUAGAAGGAGAAAAAUUAAACCGUUAUAUAACGAUGUUAUUUUCUUACAUAACACACGUAUGGCAACGACGAUCGUCUAAAUGUAUUAUUGUCGUUUUUUCAAGGCGCCCAGUGCCAAUGUCGUGUUUUGCCCACAAAAAUACGUUCUACGGUAAUAGUGUUACUGUUCAGUAGAAUCAACCAAAUUUAAAUUAUUAUUUUUUUUUUUUAAAUUAAUUGAGGAAAACAUUCUACAGACCGAUAGAUAAAACAAACGGAGCCUGUUCGAAGAGUGUUGUGUUUUCGUCGGACGAUAUUACGAGUAAUAUUCCUUUGAAUACUAUUCGUUUAACAACACAAUAUAAUAAAAGCAGGUCUUAUUGAAAUAAUUGCUGCAAAUUCUCUAAAAAUAUACUACCGUUUCCCAGUAUAACGGUUUUCCGUGAUCGGUAAAAUUAUAAAUUCGGCACGGCCCAUUGUGUUUUGGCAUUAUAUUAUAAUAUUAAUUCGAUUUGCUUUCGACGAUGUGAAAAUUCAAUAAAACCCUGCAACGGUGGCGACUGGCGAGUAAUACGGUAUUUAUUUUUCGCUGAGUGAAAUUAUGCGAGAAUUAUAUUUUUCUCGUACCGAUUCGGAUGAUAAUAUUAUGUUAUCUUGUAUCUGUACAUGAAUGCGAAAUUUGGUUGUUGAAUGGAUUGGAACGAAAUCUUCUCAAAAGUUUCGAGAUGUGGUAUUGGUGAAGGAUUAUGUGAUGAACAGAACGAAGAAUAAAUAAUAACAGUGUAGUGAGCGAAUUAAAUGACAUUUGCAGAAAGAUAAUCAUGUACGAUUAAAAUCAAUGUUGGAAGAUGGCAUAUCAUUGAUCAUGGUCUGAUUAAUAUUAUGAAUAUGAGAUUAUACAUAUUAUAAUAGAAGGGAAGAUAAAUAAGUCAAGAGACCGAAGACGACCAGGAAUAUCAUAAUAUAUCAAAAAUAUGGUUUCUAAGAGACUAACAAACUAUAGAGAAUUAAUUAAUUUGGCUGCACGUAGCAAUAUGGGAAAUUGUAAACCAAAUUCAAACCUAAUUGAAAACUCUCAAAAUUCACGACGGAUGUAAAGAUCAGCCGAAAUAUAAUAUCAUAUUAUCGUUAAUAGGCAGUGUCAUGGUACACACACAGAGAGAGAGAGAGAGAGAGAGAGAGAGAAAACUCCUUACACAGUUCACCUGUUAAAUAAUUGUUUGCUCUUGUAUAUACGACACGUUUCCGACGAAAGGUAUAACAUUGCGCAGUCCGUUUGAAGUUUUAACGGGCAAACUUUUGGAAUGAACUCGUGUUGUUGUCGUCGUCUUACGAAUUUAAUUGGCGGAGAAUUCGGACUUUUACGAGGGCAUAUUUCUCGGUACCUAAUGCAGUAGGGCAUAGUACGAAUUCCGACCGAUCGAAAAACCUUAAGGGGGAGUGUCCGUCCCGGCGAUGGAUUGAUAAACACGGAAACGGAAAAAAAUAAUACGAGUUUAAUAACGCUUUUUGUAGGCGCGGAAUAUUUUCAAAACUAUUAGCCCGUACUUUCAGUUAGGUUAGUCCUGCAAAAAUUGAAAUUUAUACGUACUAUAUUCUUUUUAUCAAAACCAUGGUUAUUUCGAAAAAGCUAGAAUCGCAAUUAUCGAUGUGGGACUCUUAAAAUAGCAACGUUGUUUUAGGUACCCAUUAAUGUAUUAUAAUAAUUAUAAAUUCUUCUCCUUCCUCUUUGAUCUUCUACCCGUUAUGUCUUCUCGAAUAUCUCUCACUGAUGCUUAUGGCUAAAGGAUAGCGAACGAGUACAAUAGUUUUCGUUAAUAAAACAUAUUCUAUUUUUUGAAAUUUUUACCAGCAAAGGGAUAUUGGCAGACAACUAGAAUUAAUCAGAAUGCAGUAAUAUGUUUAGCGCAACUGAAUAGCAACGCACGUUUCGAUAAAUCACGAAACGCCAAACGGUUUCAAAAGUAAAACUUCUUUUUAGUUACUUAAUCGGUUUUUUUUGUAUAAAUUUGAAUAGUGCCAAUCCAUUUCUCAUUCAUUUUUCAGCUUUACCCAAUUCUUUUUCGCCGGGGUUAAAAAAAAAAAAAAGAAAAGAAAAAUGAAUUAAAAUUUAUAUUUUGCCGGUAACGCUAGCGGGACAAUAGCUACAUAAGUGUAGUCUACCGCUAGAAUCCAUACCGAAGAAUACCAAUCGGAGUGGUUAGUCAGUGCUUAUACUUUACAUUAACACCCGGGUUAAUAAACUAUUAUGUUUAAAUUAUCUCCGUGACGCUCAACUCUAUGUAAACAAAAUAUGCUUACGAAUAUUCGCUAACCGUCAUUUAUAUGCGUCUGUACCGAAACAUUUUCCGGUGCAUAUUAUUGCGACGUGAAUAGAGUUUACUUCAAAUUCGAAUACUCCGUAAUAUAGGUUCAACUCGAGUUCGUUACCGCGUGAAAAGGACCGGCUGCGUCUCGUUACGCGCGUAGGGCCGGGCUUUUGGCUAUAAGUAAGAUUCUCGAGUAUUCUGUUUAUAGUAUGCAUUCGCCAAUCGACCGCGCGAUCUAACUCCAUACUAUAAUAUACAAUAUACAAGCGUGUCCCACCGCGUUCGACGGACUUUUCUACAGCUGUUAAUAUGAAAUAUUUUUCAUAUUUUUUUUUUUUUUUAUCAAUCGGUUUGUCUUCGACAUCGAUCUGGAGAAAAAUGACAUUUUUGUUCGCAUCCACUAAACACAAAACGAAAUGUACACGACGUUUGUGCUUUACAGCCGUUGUUCGCGGCGGUCGUCAUUCCACGACUGCACGAGGAGGACCGGGCGCUGUGCGGCCACGCGGCCGUCAAGUUGUCGGGAUCGCCGGACUCGAGGUGCCGGUGGACGGUCGAGUAUUGGAACGGGAAGUGGCGGAUGGAAGCGGAGGGUCUUCCGGUCCCGGUAAGCGACGGGAGCGGCGCGUUUUCGCAGCGGCCGGGCACCGGAACGGACGCCCGUGGGAACGGCCACGACGACGCAACAAUACACUAUAACUAAUGAUAGUCGGUUUUUUUUUUAAAAUUUUUUUUUUUUUUUUAUCAACGUACACUGUACGCGCAAUCGGACCGUCGUCGUCUUCGUUCGCCCUUGAGAUUUUGAACCCGACGACGCAGGCGAUAUUAUUAUACAUAAAUAUGUGUAUAUGUGUGUAUGUGUAUAAAAACCAGGAGUCUGGUUACGACCGUCUCGCAUUGUUAUGUACCGCGCGCGCGGUAACGUCUAGAGCCGGUCCGGGCAACCAGUUAUAAAUUAUCGCUGCGCGCGUCCGUCUUAUGCGUCGCGUUUACUUACCUGUGCGUACCGCUCGAACGGAGGCGGUGGCGACGACGACGGCGGCGGCGGCGGAGGCGAAACGCCUUCGGUCACUCGAAUCGCGGCCGUCCGUCCGAUCGGUCCGAGGUAGGCAAGUGUAUUACGGCAAUAGAAUACCUGCCGCAGGUACGCGUCUGACUCGCGGUGUCCGGCAGUGAAAAAAAAAAACCAACGCAACGCAAACCGUUUUCACGGGCGGCGGAACAUUUUUUUUUUUUUUUUGUCUCUUGACAAUUUAACAUUUGUUUCGACCGGUUGCAGAUCGGAACCCGGGUGGUCGUCAAACACGCGGACACCGACCUGAACCUAGCCGUCGAAAAGGAAACGCGAUUUUCGCACUUUUUUGGCAACGUGAGUAUAUACGUCUAUCUAUAAUACACGUAUACGCAUUCUUCUUCUUCUUUUUCUUUCUCUUCUUGGGGUUCUUCUAUCCGUUACCGAUGUCGGAAAUCAUGACGGAUGUUGUCUUUUCGGAACAAUAUUACAAUUCGAACCCCGUCAUCUCUGAGACUCUGGUAUAUUAUUAUGAGGACGCGAUAUUGGCAUACAUUAUUUUAUUGUCUCAGUCUAACUGACGUGUGACAUAGCGAGAUUACGUAUUGUUAUACUCAGAACACAGACGUGUAUUGGUGAAAUGUAAAGAGAAGAGUGUUUCCGAGGGUAUCGCCGCGUUUCCUACCCACUCCCCUCUAAAAUAUAUUGUUAAACAAACGGUGCCCUGCAGAACUCUUUGGCUACAUACACGGUAGACGUGAUUGAUUUUCACGCCCACCGUUCACCUCGCCUACAUACGCACGUACGACUCGAUAAAUGCCUGGGGAAAUAUAUAACACGUCUUGUAAAAACAAGGAAAAAAAAAAAAAAAACGAAAAUAUCCAGCAGCGAAAACGUCCCGAUUGAUUUCGCGCGUUAAUGGCCGAAAUAUGGCGGCAGAGCGCAAUCGUAUAAUUUCGCGGACCGUGCCGCGGCGGUUCACUUAGUUUAUGGCCACGCGCGAAACGCGCAAUGCCGUGUUUUCAAUCGUCCGCGACCGGCGCGAAAUGCGUUUUUGAUCGCGAUCGCCAUUAUUAUUGUUAUUGCCACCGGCGUACAGAAAUACCGCCGGUUUUUAUUAACGGCGGGGCCUUUGGCGCGCCGAUUUUAUUGCUCGUUUCCAGACGGGGAGAGCCGUACGGCGCGCGUAAGUAUAAAAUUAUUGUGCCGGCGCCGCCGCCAGCUGUGCCAGCUGCCCCGCGACCGUGUCCCGCGGUCCACGCGCGCGCGCGCGCCGGCUCGUUCGCAAUAACAGCAAUAAUAAUCCGUCAUUAAAACGUUCGGAACUAGUUUCGCCGCUCCCUCGUCCGCGUCCCGUGUCGCCGCCGCGAUAAUAAUUAUUAUUAUUAUUAUCGUUAUUAUUUUAUUUCUCUCCCCCCCCUACUUCCCCUCCCCCCUCAUACAAUCCGUAUUGUUAUUAUCGUUUUUGUUUCUCGCAUUGCCGUCGCGCGCGCCCGUUAAACGACCGCCGCCCGUAUCGCGGCCCGGCGGCAAGCGCGCGCGGAGGUCGGCUCCGCGACCCGUCGGCGUACGUUUAUUAAUGCGCGCGCGGACGACGCGUUUUAGCCGUCGGAUUCCGCCCCGGGGGAUAGAGAAAAAAAAAAAAAAAAAAAAGGUCGCGCGCGGGCGUAACGCGUUUCCGCCGAUAAAUCGGUUCCGCCGAACGGUGAGAUACGACCGCGUUCCCGCCGAAACGGUUUCCGUGUGCCGCGCUUACGGCACGUCCCGAUACUGCGACGCAGCGAUGAAACGCACGGCGCGCGAUACUAGAAAAUACGAAGUUUUCGUUUUCUACCCGUUUGUCGUUCGGUAUGACGCGCACGCGCACGCGCGAGCCCGGUACGAUUCCGCCGUAGGCCCUGCGCGCCGACAAGCGCCAAAACGGCCGACGGGUGAUUCUGUUAGAUUCGCCACCAAUAACAGAGAAAAACGUCAUCGACAUUUCGUUUUCGUAGGCUGCCUAUAGAGCUGACUUUUGUAACGUUUUAUACGACAACGGUUUUAACAUAUCGCAAAAACAAUCCAUUUUACUAAAAAAAUAUGUGUAAUCAAAUCGUCGAAAAUCAUAAAAUAUUAAUUUUUUUUUAUACCGAUUUGCUUAAUUAUUUAUUUCUCCUCUUCUCCCACCCAGUGGUGGUUCGAAGUAUUUUUACCUUAAAUCACCGUUUUAAUUUUCCUCUAUACUACUUCGGUCUAACAUUUAAACGGUGUUAGUUUAAUAGUGUUAUGCAUAUCAAAAUUUCUAAUUUUCGAAUCUGUGUUCAAAAAGGGCGGUUCCUAUUUAAAAAAAAAAACAAAAGUAAACAAUUAUUUAAGGUACAUGAAGUAGGGGUGACAAAUUAAAAAUGAUUUUAAAAUAGAGCUUAAACGAUUCCACAAUGAUUAACAAAAACAACAGGUAACAAAUACAAUUAUAGUCUUCCGAGAAAAUCACUGGUUCAUGAUAAAAAUAUCACUCUGUAUACCGGUCGACAAAAACUUUUGUUCAGAAAUUUUCCCUUAAUCCUGUGAUUAUAAUUUAUAAUAAUUCAAUGAAUUGAAUGUGAAAAACGUACUAAGAGUGGCUUUUGUCUAUUGAAUAGUUAAAAACGAAGCUUUUAUAUUACCGGGCGCCAUUAAUGUUCACUCAUAUAAUAUCAUAGCCGUGUUGCUUUUUGUUCUCCUCUUCCCCCAAUUCGUCGUACGGUUGUACACAAAUUAUCAGAGAUAAAUCCCUACUCACGUUUUAGAUUCUUAGAUUCCGCUAAGAGCGAAGAAGCUUAUGGUUUUAUAAAGAUCUGUGCGUAACUUUACUACCAGAAUAAUUGCUCGGAUUACUACGUGUAGGACCUUUCUGAAAGGAAAUCGGCGUGGGGAGGUACUUUAAAAAUAUAAUUUUUUAAUUUUCCCAAGAGUUUUCCCAGCUCAAAUGAAAAACUGGGAUAAAACGCGGGAAAACGGGAAAAACGUAGACAAAUUGGGAAAAUAGGUACAACAUUUAACUAAUUUUAUUAAAGAAAAUAUAUAAAGCCUAUUUAAUUAUUUUACUGAAAUGACGUUUUUAUUGUUGACAAAACAUAACUAUCAAUUGAACUCGGCUCAGAAUCGUUUUCCGUAUGCAAUGGUUUAUCGUUGCUUACAGAUAUCUAUUAAGUUCCCAUUUUUAUCCUACCUUUCUAACUUCUCACUUCCAUCAGUGGCUGCAUCCGUCUCCAUUAUCUUGCCUUUCUUUUUUAAAAAUAUAAUUGACGAACGGUAUACACGCGUAUUAUAUAAUAAAAGGGCCGUAAAAUCCGCGACAAAAUUUAAUUGCGGUUUUUUUCUAUCAUUUUCAUCAACACUUUUUAAUUGGGUUUGAUGUGGUAAAACACGUAUGGGAGGUGGGGGAGUGGAUGUGGUUGUUUUUUUUUAACAAAAGCGAAUAUUCGAUAAAGAAGAAAACUCGUAAGGAUGAUGGCCGUUUGGAUAAAUCGGCUCAAAAUUCAAUUCGUUUGGGUACACACUAUAUUUCUUGAAAAAAUAAUAUGCAAAUUUAACCUAAUUGUUAAUAUUAAACUGUUUCAAGAAAUUCAGUGUCUUAAGUGUUAAUCUAAACCCUUGUCAAUGAAAAAUCGUGAUGGGUAGAUCAUGGGAUUUGGAGGUAUAUAGUCAGAGUAAACGAAAGUACCAAGUACCAAGGAUAUUCAAUGAGUUGGUAUAAAUCGUCGGGAUUAUCAUGUUUUAUUUAUGUACCCAAAUGAGGUCUUAAUUUGCGAAUAAAAAUAUCCAAAUCAGACCUGUUGUGACAAAAAUAAUACGUUUCGAUUCGAUUUGGAAGACAUUAUAUGUGCUUUAUCAAUACAAUUAUUUUUAAUAUUCGUGCGAGUAAAUAAUCACGUAUAAUACGGAAACGCGUAUGGUGAUGUAAUGUUGCUAAAAAGCUUUUACCGCGAAAAUAAAAGCCGUGUAAAUGUCAGUUUUAAGACUAUAAAAUCGUAUUAUAUUGGGUACACGGGAAGAGAGGAAAGGGAUAAAAAUACUGUGUGCAAUACGAGUGACACGCACACGCAUGUGUACUAGUAUAAUUCGAUCUUUGUGACUCUUCCGGAGUCUUUUCACAUUCGAGAAAAAAACCGUGAAUCGUUUUCAACCUUGACGGUAUACCCAAUUUUCGGCUAUUUCAUAAUAAUAUGGUUUUACGCAGACACUGCCACCUGAAAAAUAACAAUGGAUAGAGAGACCUAUCAUCAGAGACCUAGAAACUAGAGAAGAAGCAAAAUACCUUAGAAAUAGGUUAGGUCAGUUUUUGCAACGAGACAAUCCCGAAGUAAAUUUGUUAAAAAUUCGUAAAAAAUAAAAUUUCAUGACCAUUUUAAUAGAUAUCGAUCACUAUAUUUUCGAGCGUUUUUUAUAAUAUUGCACUGGUUGUACGUCGACUAAAAAAACAAUGACCAACACAUUUUUUUGGAAAGUUUCAUUUUAAACUGUUGAAAUUGCGAUGUCGACUUCGUCACUGAUGUAUCCUUUUUUGGAAAGAGACCCCUGCUGUUUGACUGUCAUAAAAAAAUCACCAGUGAGCAGCAGAGUACCGUCACUACUUACUAGAUUUAAAUUUUCUCCCACUUAUUUUCUAUAAUUCUAUAACUAUUAUUUCCACUUUGCAUUAUUCUUUGCAAACAAUAAAAACAGAAUCUUAUACGUAUCUAUAAAAACCGCGAAACCAUAAUCUAAAGCGGUUUGUUGAUUUAUUAUUGCAGCCAAUUAUAAAAUCGUUGUAAUUCAUCAUGUAUGUUGGGCAUACAAAUAGUGCUUAUAAUAAUACAAUACUAUUAUACUGUACUGCUACAAAAAAAACAAAAACCAAACAUUUGAGCAUAUGAAAAUGUUGGAGCGGUGCUUUAAACUUGUAACUUUCAAAAGGCACAUCAUUAAUACUAAUGUGAUAAAUGUACAACAUAUUUCAUCCUCCACUAGCGUCAUUUGAUUGGUCUGUAGGGGUGCUAAAAUCCUAAAAAGCAUCCAAGUCCCGCAUAAAAAUGGUGAAAUUUGUGAAGAAAUUAAAUACAACAUUUAUCAUUUUAAUUCGUCUAUAAAACCGCUUUUAAUUCUCGAUUUUGAACUCAUUUGGCUAACGGGAAAUCACUAGAUGCCAAGAUCUAUACUAUAGAUGAAAGUCAACACUGAAAAAUGAAGUCGUAAAAAAUAUUUGCGGCCUUGAUGACCUGUUCUGAAUUUUGUUUUGCUUGGUUUUGUUAUAAGAGUAUACGGAAAUAGGCGUUUUUCUCAGACGUUUGUUUCACGAUAAACGACAUUGAUGAAGGAAAAAAACAAAUCAAAACUGUAGUCACAAAUCUCGUGGUAUAACCCAUUUAUCGAUAAACUCGCAUCUGUUCUCGCAGACGUUUCGAUUACGACGAUUAUUUUUCAUUCUAAUCUACCGAUUCUGCUGCAAUGUUUCAGUCUGGCGACGAAACACUAUAAUAUAUAAUGGAUAUCCGAUAUUUUGCGGACCCAUAAAUCUCUUCCCACGCGUUUCCGACGCGAUUACGCAUUGUCAUCUAGCCCCUCCCCCCUCUUGCUACUCUUCUAUUUCAUCAACGAAUAGUUGUGCAGUUUACCGCGGUAAUUCAGGACGCAUAUCGAUUAGGAAGAGAGGAAGACGGAAGACGAAGUAAUAAAUUACUUUUCGACGCCGCGUUAAAAUAUCCAUGAUGACUUUACAGACGAGUAUAAAAAGAAAAAGUUUUGGUAAAUAUUUAAAUUCAAAGCGUGAGCCUCGUCAUAUAGAAUUUUAUAUUUAAUAAUCCGGCUUCGGAAUGAUGUUUUUGGGCUUCCUUCAAUCAGCGCAGUGGUUUAGUGAGGACUUAUCAAUUGGAGGGGGAAUCAAAAACAAAAAAAAAUUAAAUUUUUGUUUAAUUUAAUUUCCUUAUGAUAAACCGUUAUGAUAAAAAUAUUUGUAUGAAUACGGCUUACGUGGGGGCACGACACCCGUGUUCCAUCUGGCUACGACAAUGUGUCAGCACAUAUUUAAAUAUCCAAAUUUCCGCGUUUGGUGUAUUGUUGUCGGUUUUAGAAAAAAAUCACUGGGAAUCUAUAGAAAAAUGUUUUUUAGGCACGAGAUUAAAUUUUUCUGGGAUUUAUAAUAGCCGAAUAACAGUGCAUGUAUUUGUGUGUAUUCUUUUUUUUCUACUUCUAUUUUUGGCCUUUACAACUCUCUGAGAGUUUUUGCUGUCAACACCAUCUUACGCCGUUUAUUUCUAUCCUAAACCAUAUGUUUCCAUUUGUCCAUUUCCAACGUCUUCAGAUUCUCUUUUGAUUCAUCAUUUUCUGGGUCUACCAAGAAGCCUAUUUCCCCGCAGUUUUCAUUCUAACGCUACUUUUUUCUUACCAUCUUCUUCUCUUAUUAUCCGAACUGUAGCCAUUGUAACCAUAAUUGGCCUUUGAUAAUUCUGUAUACUGUUGGUAUUUCGACCAUGUGCCGUACAAUUUCCAGUUGUAUUUUCUUUGCCAAUAAUUUGUUUUUUUUAUCAUAAAUAAGGCCGAUAAUUGUUCUCUAUAUUUUUUUUCCAAAUAUCUUCUGCAGCUUCCCAUUUCUGUUUGGCUAUUAAUUGUUUACCUUCGUUUCACAGCCAAGUUAGGGUCAGUUGAUCUUUAUGACGUUAUUUAGUUUUCCUAGAGAAUUUGGGUGGAAUUUGGUUUCUAGUUCAAAAUACGCCUUUGAAUGUCUGCUACUGUAAAAUAACCAUAUGAAGGUACGUAGAGCAAAACGGAUUUGUGGUUGAGGCUUUCGGCCGACGGUAGUAAAUACGCGCUGGUAAAAUAUUUAAAAACUAUAGAAGGCAAACGUCGUCGUAUUAUUAGUAUUUAAAAGAGCUCGACGGUAUAACGAUUUUCAAGGAGUUACGAUUCAAAAGUUUUAUGUGUCGAGCAGAACGAGCGGGGGGGACUUGCAGACUAACGCGCGGUCCUUAUAUAGCUUUUGAGCGCUGCAUAUAAAAAAUAGAAAAAAAAGUCACUACAUAUACAUAUCAGGAACGAUGGGCAACAGAGGAGAGGGAGGAUGAUAAUUAAAGCAGCGUUUCGUGAACCAAGAGAAUUAUUACAUUAAUUUCGUGCGACGCUCGUUCGAAUUUCUUUGGAUUAUUUUUUUUUCACUCGAAACAGUGGCGGUGUCGAAUUUUAUAUAUUUAAUUAUCCGUUUAAAAUACGAAACUCUUUAUAAUUUGUUUUUGUUUCAUACCAUCCUGUAAAAGUAUAGUUUAUUUUUGGUAAUUUUAGCACACGAAACAUCACUCGUCUUUGUUGUAAAACUAUAUUAUUAUAAUAGACGGCGCUCGCUCAAAAUACAGAAAACAUUAUAACGCAGGGAACUGAUGGUCAGGAAAAUAAUAAUCAGAAAUACAAUUCUACUAUAGGAAAAUCGGGACUGGACAAAAUAAAUAGAUUUUUUUUCCAGAUCUAACGAUGUCCGGUCUAGAUUAUUGCAGUCGAAGUUUGUCCGUUAAAGAUUUUUAUGGAUAUUGAAAUUUGGAAUGAAUUUUAGCUUUUGUAGGCACCCGUUAAAAUACAAAAAAUAAUAAAAAAUUUACAAUAAUUGUAUUAAUUAUGUUCCUGUGUUUUAUGUUCCUGACUUUUAUGGCUUUCCAUAUAUUAUACCAGGCAUACGUGGCUGGUUUCGAUACGCGCACACCUUGUCGAAAGAUAUGCGGAAAAUCGAUUACUCGUAUAAAAUACGAAAGCUCGUGAAUACAAUUUACUUACGUUUCUCAUUCGCCGUUUUCGAUUUAUUGAAAUGGAAAUUAUUUCCAUCUGGAGCGUUCAAUCUGCGAUACGGUGUGAUUUCAAGAGGUUUUUUUUUUUGUUUACCGUUUCGAACAAUCUAACUUCAUUACGAAACGUACAGUGAAUUAUUGUUUUUCUUGUUGAAUGAGAAAACAAUAAUAAUUAUUAUUAUUAUUUGUACGGAAAAUGGAUUUUUUUACAAAGAAAAGUAUAAAAAAAAAAAAAAAAAAAAAAAAAACGGCUAAAAUAAUUUUCGACCGUUAGGUUAACAUUAUAAUAAUGUAGGAAGGAAUAGUACCGAAAGUCUGUGUUUUGUUUUUUCCAUCCUACGGCGGAACGAAACGUCGUCUCAUUCCACUCGAACGAUUGCGAACCGCAUCGCAAUGUAUAAUGAUAUGGUGAUCACGUGCGGUAUAUUGUAUUAUGUAAACCAGUAGACAAACAAAUUUGAAACUAAUUAUUGAAUUCGGGCGGUUUACUGCGGGGGAGAGAGACAUGUGGAUAGUGGCGUAAUUUGUAUUUUUUACUUAUGAUCAAAUAAAAUUAUCUAUAGGAUCCCGUAAAAUAUAAAUUCACCGAUUCGCGGAGAGCCGAUAUCAUACCUAAUACGUGAAUAUAUAAAAAACCGUUUACUGAAUUGGUCAGUAUGACGUUAUUGGUUCCGUAAAUUUGUGUUUGAAAUUAUUAUUCAUAAAUGAGAAAUUAAAGGAGGUAUAUUGGGCAAAAUAUGUGCAAAAUCGAGAUUUAUUUAAAACUGUAGAAAUUAUUAUCUUACCUGAUAAUUAUUUCAUUGCACAACUAAUGAUUCUUUUUUUAAAUAUUUGACUGAUGCGCGUAGAUAAAAUAAAAAAUACUGCAGCGGUAAAAUAUGCACAAACUAUGCAUAUUUGUUGAAAAUCGUUAAAAUCAAAAUUGAAAUUUCGACUUUUCACGGAUAAUAUAUCUAAUAAUAAUACUCUAUUCAGAAACGUUGCUCGUUACCGGAACGGUUUAUCGUGACGUAUAGAUGCAACAAUUUAAUUACUCUACAUAUAAUCCCUUCCAAAUUUCUUUCUAAACCAAUGCCACACCCAACAACAGAAUCAGCCUGUUUUUAUUUUUGAUUUUUACUGUUUUUUUUUUUUUUAUUACUUUUCUUCGUUAGGCAUGAUAAUAUAAAAAAAAAAAAAAAAAUCGAUGUCGCUCAUUUAUUGAAAAUAUUACCUAUUAGAAGCGACAAAAAUGGUUCGCCGCGCGACAUUCGUGUCGUCAAGUAUUAUACCUACUAGGUCAAUAUAUCCACUGCGUUCUUGUGCCGUAAAAUAAAUACCAUACCAGACGUCACUGACGAUUUUUCGAUUUCCGUAGGAGUUCGAAGUCAGCGCGUACUCGUACAAGGACUCGGCGGGUUGCGAAGCCGUUCAGAACGUGUGGCAGUUCGUCACUUCGUCCGGCGGUAGGACAGGAGGAGACGAUGGCAAAACGACAUAA